CGGUAAAGGUGGGAAGAGGGGCCACGUCACUGUCCCCAGGCCAGGGAGAACGCGGCUCCGCCCCUCCCGCCCCUGCGGGAGCGCUGAGCACUGAUCUAAGGCCAACCCGCCCCAACCCAGGGCCAGCUCAGUCCCCGCCGCCCGCCCACAAAGCCGCAGGCAGGUGCAGACGCAGCCACGGCGCGAGCUGACAGAGCGGAGCCGUUAGCAAGCACGGUGCGUCCAUCUUUCGGUCCGGGCGUCCAUCCGUCCGCUCGCCGCAGCUCCCGCCCAGGCCCAGCGGCCGCGGCCCCUCAUCCUCCCCGCACCCAGAGCUGCCCGGCAGAGCCGGCUUUGGCGCGGCAGCCAUGUCCAUGGGUCUGGAGAUCGCUGGCACAACGCUGGCCGUGCUGGGCUGGCUGGGCACUAUCCUGUGCUGCGCGCUGCCCAUGUGGCGUGUGACGGCCUUCAUUGGCAGCAGUAUCAUCACGGCACAGGUCACCUGGGAAGGUCUGUGGAUGAACUGUGUGGUGCAGAGCACUGGCCAGAUGCAGUGCAAGGUAUACGAUUCGUUGCUGGCGCUGCCGCAGGACCUGCAGGCGGCCCGUGCCCUCAUCAUCGUCGCCAUCCUGCUGGCUGCCUUUGGGCUCCUCGUGGCGCUCGUGGGCGCCCAGUGCACCAACUGCGUGCAGGACGACACUGCUAAGGCCAAGAUCACCAUCGUGGCGGGCGUGCUCUUCCUGCUGGCCGCCCUGCUCACCCUCGUGCCGGUGUCCUGGUCGGCCAACACCAUCGUCCAGGAUUUCUACAACCCCCUGGUGCCAGAUGCCCAGAAGCGCGAGAUAGGCGCCGGCCUGUACGUGGGGUGGGCGGCCGCGGCGCUGCAGCUGCUAGGGGGUGCGCUGCUCUGCUGCUCGUGCCCGCCUCGGGAGAAGAAAUAUGCGCCCGCCAAGAUCCUUUACUCCGCACCGCGCUCUGCCGGGCCCGGCACGGGCACCAGCACAGCCUACGACCGCAAGGACUAUGUCUGAGCGGCAACAGCACGCAGACCCCACCACCCCUACGCGCUGAAGUGCCCACCAGUCCUGCGUGCCGCCUUGCAUCGGAGACCAGCCCGCCCCAGAUGUCAGGCAGCCCUCGCACUGGACUAGGAGGGGCCAGCCUGGUAACCCCUUCCCCAGCUGCCACCCCCUUCCCCAGCUGCCACCCCUUCGUGGGCAAGGAGAGGAACAGCGGACCCCAGCCGGGAACCAGCCCGCAUAGACAAUAAAACCUCCCCCUCUGAAACUUGGAGUAGAGUGGCCACCUACUUGCCCUCCCCGUCGGGCCGCGGCCCCAAAGCCGGCCUUGGGCAAGGGACCUGCAGCCUUGAAAAAGGCCACUUGAUAUUCUUCAAUAAAAGCCUUUCGUUUUGCA